GCAACAAUAUAUGCACAAACUGCAGAGAUGAUGGGUGAUGGUGAUGAAACAGAGAAUGACGCAGGAGGGAGCACUUGUGAGACGGGAAAGGUUGGGGAAGAGAGAGAGGAGGGAGGUCUGGGCAGCAGGGAAUCUCUAACAGGGUGUAUUGUGAAAGAUGAAAAUGUGGUGAAGACAUCAGGAGGAGAAGAGUACCCAUAUGACAUCAAUUGGGUGCCGGGUCGUGUUCAACCGGGUAUUGUUGGAGGAGCACCCUACUUUUCGUUCAAAGUCGAUGAAACAUGGGUUUCAUUUCCUGCCCCCAAAAUGAAUACAUGGCGAAACGUAACUCUGUCAAUCGUGUUUGACAGAGUAUUAAGGUUGAACGAUGAGGCAACACCACAGGAGAAAGGGCGAUAUGCAUUGGAAAUGUGGCGUGUUAUGGAAGCGCAGGGCGAGUUCAGGCUGAACGAUCUUUUGUACGACAGUUUUGAUUGCAGACAGUCAUGGGUGAUUGGUGGGAAUGACGCAACAGGGAGUACGACGUGCCACGAGAGCGAUGCGAGGAGGGAUCCUAGGUGGGGUUGGGUGCCAUGUGCGAUCUCGAUUCCAUGUGGCCGUGCGAGGAUGAUGAUGCGUGAUGCCAUGGGAAAUGUCUGGAGCACGCAUUAUGUGAAUGGCAACUUCUCCUUCAGGAACCUCGACAGGGAGGUCUCAGAAGACGAGAAGAAGGCAAUGGCAUGUCCUACCCAUACUGCUGGCUGCUUUUUCCCGCGGCUUCGGAACCCUGUGGAGUUGGAGGUGGUUGAAGGGAAAGUCUUCACUGGUGCGUAUGGCAGCACAUACACGCAUGCAAGAGGGCAGAAAGCCACCCAAGAGCAGGGCGACGGUCAGAACAGAUACAUGGCUCACAUUCGCCUCAGGCACGGUUGCACGACCGUUCUUGGUUGGGUCCCGGUCGUAUGUCCCAUGACAUAUGAGCAUGGUGGAGACGUCACCAUGAGAUUCAGAGACCCGCUUGGUGUGCCUUUCCAUCUAACCUACUCAGAUGGACUCCUGCGAGACAUUCAGUAUCUGGCGGAGAAUGACUUGGCAGGUUCAGCGCAGCCAGGCAAGAGGACAGAGAAGCGCUCAAAAUUUUCUCGUUUGUCUGCUGAGGUGGAGGGCCCGUGUGGUCCUGGUCGCGUCGGGGGGUGCUCUGCAACACAGGGUGACAUGGGCGGCCCGAGCGAUGUCGCGAUGUCGCAGAGCCCGGGGAAGAUGAAAAAGUGCACGUCGGAACCGUCACGUGGGCAGACGCCCGCAGACAGAAAGAAGAUGAACCCCAAGGCGGUGCCAGCGACCGGAGACACCGCAGGUGCACGAACUCAGGUCCCCAGAUGCCGUCGACGCCCCGAGAUGGCAACUUUGUCGGAAAUCAGAAAGUUGCAACGAUUCACCGACCUUUGCUUGGCUUUCAGGACGUUCUUGCGGCUCGUGCGCGAGGUUGUGGAGGAGGACAUUGCUCCGGGUAUGGGCGUGAGGUUUCAGAUGACGGCGGUGCAUGCUUUGAUGGAGGCUGUCGAGGUGUACCUGGUCGCCAAUUUCGAGAACACCAAUGAGGUGGCCUUCCAUUCGAAGAGGGUGACGAUCCAGGUCAAGGACAUGAGACUGGUGGAUAGGUUGUCGAAGCCUCGCUGGGUUGAGAAAUAUAAAGGUGCAGUGAAUAUCGUGAGCGAUGAGAGCGAGGAUGUCGGAGCCCCCAAGAAUAUAGACGGGGAGGGCGGGACAUUCGAAGAGCAGCAACCGCAGCCUGUCAAGUCUUUUGACAGCUCUCGCAAGCUGGCGGCACUGAUUUUCUCCGUGAGGGGAGGCGUCGGUACAAAACCGGUCACCGGUCCAAGGAUGGAAAAUAAAGACGAAGAUUACCGCAGAGAGGUGGCAAGCGAACCGUUGUUGCCAUUGACCAUCGAGAGGUCAGCAAAGAGGUGGCAAAAAAUGUUGAGGGACCCUUGGUCUUUAAAGGCCGUGGGAAAGAAGGACAAGGGGAGGAAGAAAUGCAAGGCUGAUAAGAAAAAAGAAACCAGAGAGCAUCGCAGGAACGGAUCCCGGAAUGCAAAAAUGCAGCGGACCAAUAGCCGCAGAAACGGAUCAAAAGUUUCUCUCCCAUCAAGUCAGAGGGAGAUUUCAAAGCUGAAAGAACGCAAUGAGUCACCCCCUGCGACUCCUGCCCCACGGAACCGUGUCAGUGGCGUCGAGAACCGUCCACCCAAGGCCCCCGAGAAGUGGUCGCGGGAAGACGGAAUGUCAAAGGUGCACCGCAGGACAAAGAAGAGAAUCACAUACAAAAAGGACAGAAUGGUGGAGAUGAUUGAUCUGAGAGGCUCGGAGAAUAUGCACAGCGCAGCCCGAGAGGAAGCAGAAGAGGAACACGACCAGUCCAUAUCAGAAAAGUCUGACGGGGAGGAAAACGAGGCAACAAGUGACGAAGGAGGUGACAGUGAAACUUCCGACGGACUUGUCGCGACACUCGCGACGUUGAUGACGAGGACGGCAGGAGCAACGACGACACAAGGCAGGACGAGGGCGAUGACGGGGCAGACGAAGAUGACAGAAGCGCGGAUGGAAGAGAGAGUUCCCAAUCUCCGGGAAGAACGCGGCGCACGAAGAAACCCGAAAGUGACGGCGAGGGAGGCGCAGCCGACGCGCCCUCGAUUGACAGACAAGUAGUGAGGCACGACAAUGCAGUUCAAAAAGGUAAACAAAAUGUGUUGCAGUUG